GCAGAGGACGAGAUCCAAGGAGCAGGUAGGUGAAUAGUAACUGGGCCUUGCAAACCAUCACUGUUCUCCUCCAGGCCCUGGACAAGAUCCGUUAUGAGAGCCUGACAGAUCCCUCAAAGCUAGACAGUGGCAAAGAGCUAAAAAUUGACAUCAUCCCAAACCCCCGGGACCGCACCCUGACUCUGGUAGACACAGGCAUCGGUAUGACAAAGGCUGACCUCAUCAACAACCUGGGCACCAUUGCCAAGUCUGGUACUAAAGCCUUCAUGGAAGCCCUUCAGGCUGGUGCUGACAUCUCCAUGAUUGGGCAGUUUGGUGUGGGCUUCUACUCCGCCUAUCUGGUGGCUGAAAAGGUGGUGGUCAUCUCCAAGCACAAUGAUGAUGAGCAGUAUGCCUGGGAGUCAUCAGCUGGGGGCUCCUUCACUGUUAAAACUGAUCAUGGUGAGCCCAUCGGGCGCGGCACCAAGGUGAUCCUGUACUUGAAGGAGGAUCAGACAGAGUACCUGGAGGAACGGCGGGUCAAGGAGGUGGUGAAGAAGCACUCACAGUUCAUUGGCUACCCCAUCACCCUUUACCUGGAGAAAGAGCGGGAAAAGGAAAUCAGUGACGAUGAGGAAGAGAAGGAGGAGAAAGAGGAUGAGGACACAGCCCCCAAGGAUGAGAAGCCCAAGAUAGAGGACGUGGGCUCAGAUGAGGAGGAAGAGGAGGGUGGUAAGGGCAAGAAGAAGAAGACCAAGAAGAUCAAGGAGAAAUACAUUGACCAGGAGGAGCUGAACAAGACAAAGCCCAUCUGGACCCGCAACCCUGACGACAUCACCCAGGAGGAGUACGGAGAGUUCUACAAGAGCCUCACCAAUGAUUGGGAGGACCACCUGGCUGUAAAGCACUUCUCUGUGGAGGGGCAGCUGGAAUUCCGAGCUCUGCUCUUCAUCCCGCGCCGCGCCCCCUUCGACCUCUUUGAGAACAAGAAGAAGAAGAACAAUAUCAAGCUGUACGUGAGGCGUGUCUUCAUUAUGGACAGCUGUGAUGAGCUCAUCCCAGAGUACCUAAAUUUCAUCCGGGGCGUGGUGGAUUCUGAGGACCUGCCUUUGAACAUCUCCCGAGAGAUGCUGCAGCAAAGCAAAAUCCUCAAGGUGAUCCGCAAGAACAUCGUCAAGAAGUGCCUGGAGCUCUUCACAGAGCUGGCCGAGGACAAGGAGAACUACAAGAAAUUCUAUGAAGCCUUUUCCAAGAACCUCAAGCUCGGGAUCCACGAGGACUCAACCAACCGGAAGCGCCUGUCGGAGCUGCUGCGCUACCACACAUCGCAGUCUGGUGAUGAGAUGGCCUCACUCUCAGAGUAUGUCUCCCGCAUGAAGGAGACACAGAAGAGCAUCUACUACAUCACAGGUGAGAGCAAGGAGCAGGUGGCUAACUCUGCCUUCGUGGAGCGUGUGCGGAAGCGCGGGUUCGAGGUGGUGUACAUGACAGAGCCCAUCGAUGAGUACUGCGUGCAGCAGCUCAAGGAGUUUGAUGGCAAGAGCCUGGUGUCGGUCACUAAGGAGGGGCUGGAGCUGCCAGAGGAUGAGGAUGAGAAGAAGAAGAUGGAGGAAAGCAAGGCCAAGUUUGAGAGCCUCUGCAAGCUCAUGAAGGAAAUCCUGGAUAAGAAGGUUGAGAAGGUGACCAUCUCAAAUCGGCUGGUCUCGUCACCAUGCUGCAUCGUCACCAGCACCUAUGGCUGGACAGCCAACAUGGAACGUAUCAUGAAGGCCCAAGCGCUGCGGGACAACUCCACCAUGGGCUACAUGAUGGCCAAGAAGCACCUGGAGAUCAACCCUGACCACCCCAUUGUGGAGACCCUGCGCCAGAAGGCUGAGGCUGAUAAGAACGACAAGGCAGUCAAGGACCUGGUGGUGCUGCUCUUUGAGACGGCCCUGCUCUCCUCCGGCUUCUCCCUGGAAGAUCCCCAGACCCACUCCAAUCGCAUCUACAGGAUGAUCAAGCUGGGGUUGGGUAUUGAUGAGGAUGAGGUGACCACAGAGGAGCCCAGCGCUGCUGUCCCUGAAGAGAUCCCCCCACUAGAGGGAGAGGAAGAUGCUUCCCGCAUGGAGGAGGUGGACUAAGAAGGGGAGCCAUUCUUCAUCUCUUCUCCAGCACUCUCUC